CUCAAUUUCUAGUCGGGUAUCAACCAAAUGUUUAUAGACACGAAUCAGCCCAAAAACCGAUCCUAGAUCACAAAAUGAUUCUGUACACAGCCGCCCUACUGCUCCUUCAUGUCGUCUGCGCUCUCGCUCACCCAGCGAGCCUCUCCUCCCGCCAAACAACAUGUACCCUCCCUAGCAACUUCACGCCCCCAAGCACAUCCAAACUCCCCAACCCCUUCAUAUUCGCCUCCGGCCGCUCCGUCACUACUAAAGCCGACUGGGCCUGUCGCCAACAAGAACUCAGCCAACUCUUCCAGAAAUCCGAGCUCGGCGACAAACCCGCCAAGCCAUCCUCCCUAUCCGCCUCCCUCUCCAACAACAUCCUCACAAUCACCGCCCGCGAAGCAAGCACCUCCAUCUCCUUCACCGUCACCAUCCAAAAGCCCCCCGGCCCAGGCCCCUUCCCCGCCAUCAUCACCCUCGGCCAACCCUCCAUCCCCAUCCCCCCAUCCUCAAUCGCCACAAUCAUCCUUGACAACGACGCGAUCGCCGCCCAAUCCGACCUCUCCUCGCGCGGCCACGGCCUAUUCUACUCCCUAUACGGCCCCUCCCACUCCGCCGGCGCCCUCAUCGCCUGGUCCUGGGCCGUCAGCCGCAUCCUCGACGCUCUCGCCCUCGUCGCACCCACCUCCGCAAUCGACCCCCUCCGCAUCGGCGUCACAGGCUGCUCGCGCAACGCCAAAGGCGCCUUCGUCGCCGGCGCAUUCGACGAGCGCAUCGCCCUCACCCUGCCGCAGGAGAGCGGCGCCGGCGGCGCAAGCUGCUGGCGCAUUGCCGACAGCGAGGCAGCGCGAGGCAAGAACAUCCAGACUGCGGCGCAGAUCGUCCGCGAGAAUGCCUGGUUCAGUGCGCGGUUCGAUGGCGUUGCGGCGCUGGGCACCGCGCGUCUACCCGUUGAUCACCAUGAGCUUGCGGCGCUUGUGGCGCCGAGGGGCCUGUAUGUGAUGGAGAAUGAUAUUGAGUGGUUGGGGCCUGUGGCGACGACGGGGUGUGGUAUUGUUGGCCGGAGGGUGUAUGCGGCUGUCGGCGCGGCGGAUGCGAUGGGGUUUAGUCUUGUUGGGGGCCAUGCGCAUUGUCAGUUUCCGGAGGCGCAGAGGGGCGAGUUGAUGGCGUUUAUGUCGAAGUAUUUGCUGGAGGGGAAUGCGAGUACGGCGGGGGUGGAGAGGAGUUCGGCGGUUGUGAAUGUGGCGGAUUGGAUGGAUUGGGUGGCGCCCGUUCUGACGUAGAGGCUGUGGCCAGUGGGUGGUGUAUAUACUUCGUAAGUCUGUAUCCGUAGAGCACUUACGGAUUGCCGUUGUGGACCGGGGAUAUGGUACGUAUAUAAUACCAAACAUUUUCAACUAUACUCGUAAUCGUGAGAUUAGGCUCGGAG